UUACUUUUUCUCUUUCUUUGGCCUAACUCUGCUAAUUUUACACAUUACUCAGGUUAUACUCUUUGAUGAGUGAUAUAAUGCUCACCAGGACUUCUAGUUUCCUUUUUCCUAGACGAUAGCACUUACCUGACCUUGUGAAGCUAGGCAAGGCCAUCUGACUAGCUCUGGCUAAUGACAUAUGCCAUUUUUGAUGGAAACAUUUAAAAACCCAUGCAUGGGGAGGUGAUGGUCUUCUCAAUAAACAGGGUCUGGUCAAUUCAAUAUUUAUAUGGAAAAAUGAAUCUUGAUUCCUAACACAUCAUUCACAAUAACCAAUUUCAGAUCAACUGUGGGUAUAAAAGUGAAAGAUCCUGGACAGGGAAGAUUUCUUAAACAGAAAAUAAAAAUCACUAAUCUAAAAGGGGAAAGUGAUAAAUUGGAAUAUGUUACAAUUUAAAACUUCUGUUCAUCCAAAGACAUAGUUAAAAUAGAGGAAAGCAACUAAGAAAGGGAGGAGACAUUUGCAAUACACUGGUUUCUAAAGAGACUUGUAUCUAUAAUGCAUAAAGGAUUCCUACAAAUCAAUAUGAAAAAUACAGAAUACGCAACAGAAAAAUGGGGAGAAGACUCGGACACCUCGUAAGGAGAGGAUAUCAAAACACAUGAAAAGUUUCUUUGUUACACAGGAGGUAAAUGCAACUUAAAACCAGCAUGUGAUAACAUCACACACACACUAGCGAGGCAGAAAUAAAAAGGAUGGCACAGGUUAUGGAAAUGGACUAUCAUGAGACUGACCCAUGAAGGGCCUAGAAGCAGCCUCUGAGUAAAUGAAAGCAACAUGAAAAAUGGCUUUUAGUGUAAAGAGCCACAUGGUCCUAGUGGGGAUAAGGGCCUAGAAAUCUAUUGCACAUGGAGGCUGGGGUCUGAAGUGAUGGCUCGGGCAAAGGCCAAGAAACAGACUGAAAUGUGUGCCAUCUUCUGAGGAGCAGUGGGUGAGGAAGAGAGGGCUGGAGUGGUGGUGGUGAAGCCAGGAGGUGAAGAAAUGGAAGCAGUGGAGGAAAACAAAGUGGUAAAUUAGGUGAAAGUCAAGGGAGGUCCCUGGUCCCUGAAUGUGGCUCUCCACAUGAGCUCCGUGGAGGCCAGCCAGCCAGAAAUGGACACGAAGGCUCAGGCUGACAGAGCCAUACUGCACGUGGAGCACAAAUUUGGGAAGGUAUGGCAACACUACCUAGAGCAGAGGAACUACAUCAUUCAGAAUAUCCCCAGCUUCUGGGUCAGGGCCUUUUGGAACCACCCACAGCUGUCCACCCCGAUUAGAGGCCAAGAAGCAUAGAUGUUUAAGUACAUAACCAAUAUGGAGGUGAAGGGCUUCAGAUACCCUAGGAUGGGCUGCAAGUUCAAGUUUUUCUUUCUAAGAAACCCAUAGUGCAGAAACAAGCUCACUGUCAAGGAAUAUGAGGUGAGAACCCCCAGCCAAGUGAUGUCUCUUGCCACCCAAUCAAGACGUCAUAAGAAUCAAGACUUCAUCUGCAGCUUCAUUGCCUGGUUUUCAGACCACAACCUCCCAGAGUCUGACAGAAUUGCUGAGAUUAUCAAAGAGGACCUCUGGCCAAAUCCACUUGAAUACUACCUAUUGCAUGAAAGAGCCCAUAAAGCUAGACUUGGCCAGAUAAGGAAGCCAGUAGAGAUCUCCUUGAGUUCCAAAGUGGUUAACCUCACCCUUGAAAAUACUCCCAUACAAGAUCCCCUACCAUUUCCUGCUGGACCUGUGCUUUGGCAACAGCACUGGGUAUGCCCAUUACUCUUUAUGUGCUGACCUUUCAGCAUCUUCCUUCCUUUGAACAUUC